CCGGAUCAGAGCCGGGCACAUCGCGCUCAGACAAAACACAGCCGGCGGCAAAUAAAUCUCCUAAUUUAAUUAGCACCCCUCCCCCCCAGGCUAAAGCAUUUAUCCUAAUUUUUGUUCCUGCAGCGCUUGUGUGACUACCCCUAGGGCUUGGGGGGCAUCAGUGCUCCUCCCUCCUCUUCACCCAAGGGAGUCAGAAUCCCACACAAUAGGAACUUUAACACAAUAAAGUCAAAGGGAGGGGGGAAGAGUUUUUUUUGCAAGAGGGGAUCCGGCCGCAGGUAUCAGCCUAGGGACUCUGCCUCCAGACUAAGGACUCUAGUAUUAGAACUGUUCGCUGCUUGCUUCUGAGACUUUAUUACAACUGAGGGUAGAGUUUGGAGGAGUCGUGGACAUGUCCAGGAGGAAGCAAGCCAAGCCACGAUCGGUUAAAGUGGAGGACUCUGAUGACUACAGUUUGAACUGGGACGCCUCCCUAAACCAAACAGGUGGUCCUGAAACGGAGGCAGAGAGAGAGGGACAAGGUUUGGAAGAUGGUAACAGCGUGACCAGCCAGGAAGAGAGGAUAGAGGAAGAGGAGCUGGAGGACGAGUCAAUUUACACCUGCAAUAACUGCCAGCAGGAUUUCGAUUCCUUGGCUGAGCUGACGGAGCACCGGACCCAGCUCUGCCUCGGAGAUGGUGAUGACGACCCACAAUUCUCCUGGGUGGCUUCAUCUCCCUCCAGCAAAGACGUUGCAUCACCCAGUCAGAUGAUAGGAGAUGGGUGUGAUCUCGGCAUAGGAGAAGAGGAAGGGGGAUCUGGGUUGCCAUAUCCCUGCCAGUUCUGUGAAAAGUCUUUCAGUCGUCUCAGCUACCUGAAAAGGCACGAACAGAUCCACAGUGACAAACUUCCUUUCAAAUGCACGUACUGCAGCCGACUGUUUAAGCACAAGAGGAGUAGGGAUCGCCAUAUUAAACUCCACACUGGGGACAAAAAGUAUCACUGCCACGAAUGUGAGGCUGCAUUUUCCCGCAGUGAUCACCUUAAAAUUCAUCUGAAAACUCACAGUUCUAGCAAGCCUUUUAAAUGUACAGUGUGUAAGCGUGGAUUUUCUUCCACUAGCUCUCUGCAGAGUCACAUGCAGGCUCAUAAGAAAAAUAAGGAGCACUUGGCUAAAUCAGAUAAGGACAUGAAAAAAGACGACUUCAUGUGCGAUUAUUGUGAGGAGACUUUCAGUCAGACAGAGGAGCUGGAGAAGCAUGUGAUGAAGAGACAUCCUCAGCUUUCAGAGAAAGCAGACCUGCAGUGUAUCCAUUGCCCUGAAGUAUUUGUGGAUGAAUCCUCUCUGCUUAACCACAUUGACCAAGUCCAUGCCAACAAGAAGCACAAGUGUCCAAUGUGCCCAGAGCAGUUUUCUUCUGUUGAAGAAGUCUAUUGUCACCUUGAUAGUCAUCGGCAACCUGACUCGAGCAAUCAUAGCAUUAGUCCAGAUCCAGUUUUGGGAAGUGUGGCUUCGAUGAGCAGCGCCACACCAGACUCCAGUGCAUCAGUUGAACGUAGUUCAACUCCCGAUUCAACACUUAAGCCACUAAGAGCACAUAAGAAAAUGUUAUCAUUAGAAAGAGAAGAGGGCCACGCUUGGUCCAAGGCUAGCUACAGCUGUCCUUACUGCACCAAAAGAGAUUUCAACAGCUUGGCGGUCUUGGAGAUUCACUUAAAAACUAUUCACGUGGACAAACCACAACAAAGCCACACCUGUCAAAUCUGUUUGGAUUCUUUGCCCACCCUAUAUAACCUUAAUGAGCAUGUGAGAAAGGUUCACAAAAACCAUGCCUACCCUAUGGUACAGUUUAGCAACAUAACUGCCUUUCAUUGCAACUAUUGUCCUGAAAUGUUUGCUGACAUUAACAGCCUUCAAGAACACAUUCGCAUCACUCAUUGUGGACCCAAUACUACUCCUCAAGAAGGCAACAAUGCUUUCUUCUGUAACCAGUGUUCUAUGGGAUUUCUGACCGAGGCCUCACUGACUGAGCAUAUUCAGCAAACCCACUGCAAUGUAGGAAGCUCAAAGCUUGAAUCCCCUGUUAUUCAGCCAACUCAGUCAUUCAUGGAAGUGUAUUCGUGCCCAUAUUGCACAAACUCUCCCAUAUUUGGUUCUGUAUUGAAGCUCACAAAGCAUAUAAAAGAAAACCACAAGAACAUUCCACUGGCAAACAAUAAGAAGUCAAAAUCAGAGCAGAGUCCAGUUUCCUCAGAUGUUGAAGUUUCUUCCCCAAAGAGACAGCGACUGUGUCCAAGCCUAAACUCUGUGUCAAAUGGAGAGUAUCCUUGUAAUCAGUGUGAUUUAAAGUUUUCCAAUUUUGAAACCUUUCAGACACAUUUGAAAUCACAUUUGGAGCUUCUCUUAAGAAAACAGUCUUGCCCUCAAUGCAAGGAGGACUUUGACUCCCAAGAGUCCCUUCUACAGCACCUUACAGUACACUACAUGACAACUUCCACACAUUAUGUAUGCGAGAGCUGUGACAAGCAGUUCUCAUCUGUAGACGAUCUGCAAAAGCACUUACUGGACAUGCAUACUUUUGUGUUAUAUCACUGCACUCUUUGCCAAGAAGUCUUUGAUUCUAAAGUUUCCAUCCAAGUACAUUUGGCAGUAAAGCAUAGCAAUGAGAAGAAAAUGUAUCGCUGUACAGCAUGUAACUGGGACUUCAGAAAAGAGGCAGACCUUCAGCUUCAUGUCAAGCAUAGUCAUUUGGGCAACCCAGCAAAGUCACAUAAGUGUAUCUUCUGUGGCGAAACCUUCAGCACAGAAGUAGAGCUUCAGUGUCAUAUUACUACUCACAGUAAGAAAUAUAAUUGCAAGUUUUGCAGCAAAGCAUUCCACGCAAUCAUUCUCCUGGAAAAACACCUACGAGAGAAGCACUGUGUAUUUGACACUAGCAGCCAAAAUGGCACAGCUAAUGGUAUGGUACCAGCAGGCAAGAAGUCUGAGACUGCUGAGGUCCCAAGUGUGCUAAUGAAGAACCCAGAAGUUUCAAACAGCCAUGAGGCCAGUGAAGAUGAUGUUGAUGCUUCUGAGCCAAUGUAUGGCUGUGAUAUCUGUGGAGCAGCUUACACAAUGGAAGUUCUCCUACAGAACCAUCGAUUAAGAGAUCAUAACAUCAGACCUGGAGAAGAUGAAGGUUCUAGGAAGAAAGCGGAUUUCAUCAAAGGCAGCCAUAAGUGUAAUAUCUGCUCAAGAACGUUUUUUUCCGAAAAUGGACUUAGAGAACACAUGCAGACACAUAGGGGUCCUGCAAAACACUACAUGUGCCCUAUCUGUGGUGAACGGUUUCCAUCUCUGCUAACGCUAACUGAACACAAAGUUACUCACAGCAAAAGCUUGGAUACAGGGACCUGCAGAAUCUGUAAAAUGCCCCUUCAAAGUGAAGAAGAUUUUAUUGAACACUGUCAGAUGCACCCAGACCUUCGGAAUUCCCUGACUGGUUUCCGUUGUGUUGUCUGUAUGCAGACUGUCACAUCCACUCUGGAACUUAAGAUUCAUGGAACAUUCCAUAUGCAAAAGUUGGCAGGAAACUCUGCUGCCUCCUCUCCUAAUGGACAAACAUUGCAAAAGAUUUAUAAAUGUGCCCUAUGCUUAAAGGAAUUCAGAAACAAACAGGAUCUGGUAAAGUUAGAUGUUAAUGGCUUACCUUAUGGCCUAUGUGCUGGAUGCUUAAGCAGAACCACUAAUGGACAACCCUCCAACCCACCCACACAAGACAUCUGUGAGAGGCUGUGUCUGAGAUGCCCCGAGUGCAGUGUCAAGUUUGAGAGUGCUGAAGAUCUGGAAAGUCAUAUCCAGAUUGACCAUAGAGACUUGACGCACGAUGUUAGUGGUCAGAGAAAAUUAGCUCAAACUUCUCCACUUCCCAGAAAGAAGACCUAUCAGUGCAUCAAGUGCCAGAUGACCUUUGAGAAUGAAAGAGAAAUUCAGAUUCACGUUGCCAACCACAUGAUAGAGGAAGGAAUCAAUCACGAGUGCAAGCUGUGCAACCAGAUGUUUGACUCUCCGGCAAAGCUUUUGUGUCACCUGAUUGAACACAGCUUUGAAGGAAUGGGAGGAACAUUCAAAUGCCCUGUUUGUUUUACAGUUUUUGUUCAGGCAAAUAAGCUACAACAGCAUAUAUUUGCAGUCCAUGGGCAAGAGGAUAAAAUCUAUGACUGUUCCCAAUGCCCGCAGAAGUUCUUCUUUCAGACGGAGCUUCAGAACCACACGUUGAGCCAGCACACACAGUGAGCCGGUGGCACUACAGGACUCCUCUCCGCAGAAGACUUGACGGAGGCACAGUGGGAUAAACCAUUUGAACAUUACAUCCAAUCAAAGUGUCAUUUGCAACCCAGAUGUAAAACUCUAAUGAUUUGGCCAUGAGGCGCUGCUAUUAUAAGCAGCUGGAAAUGAAUAUUAAUGGGAGAGAUUAAAAGUAUUUCAUGCUCAGUAUUUUAUUGUCCUGCUUCUUACUAGUGUUCUUUACAGCUUCUGACUGAAUUUAUAGUGUUAGAAUAAUCAGUUCCAAUGAUGUUGUCUUUUGUUACUUAUUGUAUUAUAUUGAUAGUUCAGAGCUUGAAGUGUUAUUUUUUGUUUUAAUUUUGCAUUAUUUACUUGUUAUUUUUUUUACUUGUGUGUUUUUGUGAUGUGAUGGAUUGGCAGCUGUCUAUUCCAUUUUCUAACCUUCUUUUUUUUUGUUUUUGUUUUUCAUUUUGUUUAAUUUUUUUUAUUUUACUUAAACAAGAAAACGAAUGCUUUGAUUGGAUUUGUCAGUUCACAGAGGACAGUCUAAUGAAUAUAAUCAGCAACUGGAUGGUCUACUUUUUAAAUGUGACUUUAUCUGAUUUGCAAUGACUAAAGUAAAGUUCAAUAAAGGAAAUUAUGUUUAAAACAAAGUCUUGUC